AUGAUGCGUAAACAAAUGGCCCACAUGGGCCGUCCGUUCAAAGGCCGUCUAGUGCUGCUAAUAGGAUUGUGCGUGCUGAGCUGGUCCGCACUGGCACAGGAUACAGUAGUGCCAACAACGAGCCAACCCAACACCGAUCCCACGACGGUCGGUGAUGCCGCCAGCAGCAAAAGCGGAUCGUCGAUAGAGCCCUCAGAGUCGACGACGACGUCAAUCGCGCCCCAGUCGCUCGAAGUGUUACCCCUGGUCGCGAAAGGUGACGAAAGCGCAACUCCCGAACCACCGUUGAAGGUCCACCAUGAGGUUGCGGUUGCUGUUGACUCACGAGUGGCGGUGGAUUCAUCGACCGCUGACCCUGCACUGGAAUUCAACCCACCGUCUGAGCUCGUCACUGGUGAUUCGGCACGUCCCACGGUGCCAUCAAACGUCAGCACACCCGUGGAAAGCCAACAGCACCCGGUCACAACGAAGGUCCCGGAGUUGGAGUCCACCGUUUCGCCGAAUGUGGCCCACGACGCCAAACCGGUUAUUCUGCACGUCAAAUCACCCGCAGAGGAAGCGAACGAUCGAGCGGGCGAGAAUCCGCCCUCGAUCCUGAACCACUUCCUGCCAAGCGGCGAAAGCUCGUCCGAGGAGCUGCUCAAGAUGAGCGACGUGCGUGCGUCGGCGGAAGUGCGCGGCCGAGCGAUCAGUUUUGGACCGAACGAACCGAUCAACUUCGUCACGGCGCCUAACCUCGUCACCACGGUUGGGCCCUCGAUGGGUGAACCCUCGGCGGAAAAGCCCACAAAACCACCGGGUGCGUUCGAUGACCUCAGUGACGUCAGCAUGGAAUCGACGGACGAGGCGGAGGGGGCUAAGAUGUCGGGCCAGGACACCUCGACUGAGGGAAAAUCGAUGGAAAUGCCAACCCCCGGCGAGUGCAUUUUCAACGGUGUCGAGUAUAAGACCAACGCCACCGUGGACAAGGGUUGCGACGAACGGUGCCACUGCGAGGAGGACGGCAAAUGGCGCUGCGAGGCCCGUUGCGGCCGGCCAUUCGUAAAACGCGGCAAAACGGCCCUGGCAGCCGGUUGCUACGAGAAUCCCUCCAAAACGGACGAGUGCUGUGCCACGCUAAUCUGCCCUUCAGAGCGGUUCACCGAUGGACGUGUCGAACCGACGCCCGUCUCGGAGGAACCGACCACGGCCAAGGCGAUCGUGACGAGCUGCAUCUACAAGAACCGCUCGUACGACAUCAACGAACGGAUGGAGAUCGGUUGCGAGCAGAUCUGUACCUGCAACAGCGAUGGUGAGAUGGAGUGUGCUCCACGCUGUGCUCCACUUAACUCGACCCGCCCAGAACAGUGCGUCGUCCUGCCUGACCCACACGAUCCUUGCUGUAAGCGCGAGUUCUGCGAUGUCACGCUGGACGACCACGAGCAGAGCAGCGGUGUGAUGAUGAUGAUGGCACCGGCUUCAUCUUCAUCGUCACCUUCGACGACGGUGGUGCCGGAACGGGAUGGAAAAACACCCGGACCGGAAGCUGACCACCGGUCCACCGGAUGUGAGUUCAAAGGCCGCACGUACCAGCUGAAUGAUCAGUUCCACGACGAGUGCAACGCGCUGUGUCUGUGUACGGAGGCUGGUGUGCACUGUGCGAAGAUCGAGUGCCCGUCUGAGUUUGGGUUGGACGUGCUGGAUCCGCACUGCCUCAAGUGGGGUCCGGAUCCGGCCACAUUCCGUGCGAUCGCACCCCGCUGUUGCCCGGAGCGGAUGCGUUGCAUCGACAAUGGGACGUGCGAGUAUAAGGGUCAGUUCUUCGAUAACUGGUCGGAUAUACCGAGCAAUUUGACGGGUUGCGAGCAGCACUGUUACUGUGAUACCGGCAUCGUCGAAUGUCGACCGGCGUGUCCUGCCGUGCCAGCGACGCCACCUUCUCAUCUACCGUGUAGCCCACGGAACGCCCGGUUGAUGCCGAUUCCGGGUGAAGAAUGCUGCCAGCACUGGACUUGCAGUGUCAACACCGAUAACGGUCUGGCCAGCGGCAACGACGUGUUGAAGCCGCUGCUUAUGCCGGGCACGAUCGGGCAAUUCCUGCCAACGAAACCGCCUCGCACGGACGCGAAACCCCCACCGGACGCGCCCGGGAAGGAACCGACGCCCUUCUACCCGACGGUGGACGGAAAACCACCGAAGGUACCGCAGGACAAACCCCACAAAAAGUACACCAAGGAGGACGCCGGUAAGAAGGAUCACUUCAACAACAUCUUCGGUGGCGCCCAACCUGAGGAGCCCGAGCUGGACGAUGGCAAGUACGAUUACGGCAGCUACGAGGACGCGAUGAAACCGGCCACGCUCGGUGUGCAACGUCCCGGUCCGCCCGGGUACUAUGGGCCGGAAAUCAAGCCCCACUACGGUGCUGAUUUUCACCCGUAUCUGCACCCGGCUUCGGCAGGCGUCCAACCGGCCGGACAACCCGUUCCGACGGCACCCGGUCAGCCGGGACUACAUCCUGGCCAGCAUCAGGCGAGUGCGCUCGAUAAGCAGCUGUUGAACGUGCUGGGACCAAACGGACCGGGUAGUUUACCGCCCAACAUCCGCAUCGAGCAGCUGCUGCAGCACAUCCACGGGCAAGAUCCGAAUCUGCCACCGCAAGGACCUCCAUUGUUGCAUGGCCAGAGCCUCCCGAAUGGGCCGCCCUUUGGGCCGGUUGGAUCGCAACCAUCGACGGGCAACGGCAUCAACUACAACCAGUACGGUACGGAUUCGCAUGACCCAUCGCACGUAGACAUUGGCGUGGCACCGCACGAUCCACAUCAUCCACCACCGUCGGCACCAGCAGGUGCCGGCACACCCGCUGGUGGGCUAGCGUUCUCCGGACUGCAAGUCGACCUGAAAGUGCUCGCCCUGGACGCGAUCGAUGCGAACACUGUGCGUGUCAUUUUCCUCGUGCCGCAGGUGUACGUGGGACUGCAUGGUCGCGUUGAACUGCGAUACACGCGCACUCGCAACAACGACACCGCCACAUGGCAAUCGCAGGUGUUCGCACCACCGGACGAUCUGAUCGCGACACCACAGCUCGAGUUCGAGCUGCCAGGACUGAACGCCAACACGGAGUAUCGCGUGAAGAUCACGCUUAUCCUGCGAGACGUCAACUCGCAACCGUCUAGUCAGAUCUACACCGUCCGUACGCCCUCGGAUCGCGUGAUCACGCCACCACCCGUGAUCGGUUCCGGACACUUCCCGCACAUGAGCCACCCAACGAACUUUCUCAAGGAGAUCAUCCAGGAUCCGGAGCUGCGAGCUGCCGAGGUGAACGCGACUUGGGCGAAGAUCGCAUGGCGCAAGCUGGAUGAUGAGGAGCUCGAUUACGUGGACGGUAUACAGCUACGGUACCGUGAGAUCGACAGUGUCGUGUACCAUGCGACCCCACUCAUCCACCGGGCGUUGAGUGAAUACACCGUGGAGGGUUUGCAGCCACAAACGCGUUACGAGGUGGGCAUUUUCUUCAUACCGUUUCCGGGUCACGGUGAAGAGGUGCGGGCUGGUGACAUGCUACCGAUCACCACCGCCGAGCGGAUCGACGUGUACGGAUUCGAAGUGGUGGUGAACGCCAGCAAGAUCAAAGCCACCAGCGUCGAGGUGAGCUGGUUGGGUGUGCCCUACCCUGAGGACAAGUACAUCAACAUUUACCGAGCGAUCUACCAGAGCGAUAGCGGGAAGGAAGAUUCAAGUGUGUUCAAGGUGGCUAAACAUGACUCCACGACGGGUACGCUUAUAGCCGACCUAAAGCCCGGAACUCGGUACAGGUUGUGGCUUGAGAUGUACCUCACCAACGGUAGCAUUAAGAAGAGCAACGUAGUCAACUUCAUCACCAAGCCCGGUGGUCCGUCUGUGCCAGGAAAGACAGAUAAACUUGCUGCCGCGGGUGCAGCCGGUGCCGUGAAUGGAGACUACUACGGCCCACUGGUGGUGGUCGCCGUCAUUGCAGCAUUGGCCGUGAUGUCUACGCUAAUACUGCUGCUCAUUUUAACGAGGCGACGUGUGCAGAGUGCUACCAUAACGCCGCCCCGAAAGAACGACGCGGCGUACGACAAUCCUAGCUACAAAGUCGAAAUUCAACAGGAAACCAUGAAUCUAUGAUGUGAGCAUGUUGGACAUGAUGCUUGCUGUGACGAGUGUGGCGCAUUGGGAUGCCGCCUGGGUCACAUGUAGUGGCAGCUAGUGAAGUGUUUUUUUUAUAUUUAUUUAUGAGUCCGCCGACGUGCUACAAUGAUCACGUUCAGGGUUUGCGAUCUUCCGGUGUACAUAGUAGAACGAUAAUCCGUCCGUUAGGGAGAAGGGAAGAUUGGAGUGAUCGCCCAAUGGCAUAUUAGCCUCCUAUAAGCUAGGCCGGUAGAAUGUACGAGAUCCCAAGGCGUUUUCCUUUUUUUUAUGUAGCCAUAACUCUGAUGUGUAGAUACGCCGACGAGCAGUCUGGAUCAGUUGGAGCGGACGGUGAGCAAACAUUGCUAAAAAUGCAACAUGUACAUACAAUCAGUAGCAAAUAGAUCGAUUAGCUAACGUCUCUCGUGGAGCUGCGCAGUUCUUGAGUUGGCAUUGAAACUCCCGAACCAGGGCAGUAAAAAGGAAGAG